AUGCACAAAGAGAAUAAAUUAUCAGACAUCGAUGAACGUAUAGCCAAAAUAGAGAAACUUGUCGGAUCUAGUGCAGGACAAGCUUUAGAUGAUUUCUCCUCGAACCUUGCUUCUUCUUCACUCAUCAAUUCACUCGCAAAAUUGGAACAACAAGUGGUAGUCCUUGCCCAACCCAGACAAUUGGAAAUGGUAGCAAGAAGAGUAAAGGGUUUAAACAGUGAUCUGGAUCGAUUAAAUGAAUUGAAAUCAGGCCGUAAAGAUACCAAGGUUUUAGGUUAUGCUGUAUCCAACUCGUUAAACCAAGCUACUACAGCAGAGCAUGCUCCUGAUGGUCUUUCCAAUGACGCUGAAGCCAAAGUCAAUCAAUUAUUUGCCACGCUGGAAAAGGUUGAUCCUCUUUUAAAUCUGACGCCUGCUCUAUUAACAAGGCUUAAGGCCUUACAAGGUUUACAUACCGAAGCUGCUGCCUUUGGACAAUCUGUCAAGGUCAUUUCGGAGGAACAAACCAGAAUGACUGACGAAUUGAAAAGUUUAACAACCACCUGUGAUUUACUAAACAAGAGCUUACAAGAAAAUGACGAAUCUAUUAACAACAACAUCAAGGUCAUUGAUGAUAGAAUGACCGAUUUAAUCCAACGUAUCACUGCUUUAAGCACUACGCCUUAA